UUUUUUUUUCUCUCGUUCAAAAAAAAUCGCUUCUUUUUUUUUGGUUUCACAAUGUCGACUGUGCCACAAGUGGAUAGCGAUGUGUUGGUGAAGCUAAUGCAGGAUAAAACGAAAAAAGCUGGCCAAGAUUAUGUUGUAGUUGAUGUGCGCGAUCAUGAUUACCGGGGUGGUAACAUUGUCAACGCCAUAAACUUGCCUUCAAAGACAUUUCGUCACGGGUUGCCCGAAUUUGCCAAGAAAUACGGGCACGUACCGUUGGUGUUUUUCCAUUGCAUGCAAUCACAAACACGAGGACCCAAGGCAGCGCGUAUCUAUCAAGAGUAUGUCGAUGACCAUAACAUGUCACAAAAGGUCAUGGUCUUGCGCGGUGGCUUCCAGUCAUGGGUCGCCCAAUUCAUGAAAUGCUCCGACUUGGUCACAAAUUAUGAUCCCUCCGUGUGGGAAUGAAGAAAAUAAAAUCCUUGUAAACCUCCUCAACAUAUUAAGUUCUUUUGUAUUGCGGCAGUUAGAGAAUUGAUAUUUAUAUUUAUAUUGAUAUUGAUACUGUAUAUUAAAAAUCUUUGAGAGUUAUGCACGUUAAAUCAUGUGCACGGUCUCUGAUUGGC